CCCCUGCGGCUGCCCACCUAGAGCCGACUGAGGCCGGGCGGGGGAGGCGGGGGCCGCCGAGCAGGGCCGAGCAGCAAGCCUGUGCGGACGGGCGGGCAGCAGCCUCGCCAUGAACCCCAGGGGCCUGUUCCAGGACUUUAACCCCAGUAAGUUCCUCAUCUACGCCUGCCUGCUGCUCUUCUCGGUGCUGCUGCCCCUCCGCCUGGACGGCGUCAUCCAGUGGAGCUACUGGGCCGUCUUCGCGCCCAUAUGGUUGUGGAAGCUCCUGGUCAUCGCUGGUGCCUCGGUGGGCGCGGGCGUUUGGGCCCGAAACCCUCGCUACCGCGCCGAGGGGGAGGCCUGCGUGGAGUUCAAAGCCAUGUUGAUCGCCGUGGGCAUCCACCUGCUGCUGCUCAUGUUCGAAGUCCUGGUCUGCGACAGGGUGGAGAGGGGGACCCACUUCUGGCUGCUGGUCUUCAUGCCUCUCUUCUUCGUAUCCCCCGUGUCCGUGGCCGCCUGCGUGUGGGGCUUCCGACACGAUAGGUCGCUGGAGCUGGAGAUCCUGUGCUCUGUCAACAUCCUGCAGUUCAUCUUCAUCGCCCUAAGGCUGGACAGGAUUAUCCACUGGCCGUGGCUGGUGGUGUUCGUGCCCCUGUGGAUCCUCAUGUCGUUUCUCUGCCUGGUCGUCCUUUAUUACAUCGUCUGGUCCCUCCUGUUCUUGCGGUCCCUGGAUGUGGUUGCUGAACAGCGGAGAACACACGUGACCAUGGCCAUCAGCUGGAUAACGAUUGUGGUGCCCCUGCUCACCUUUGAGGUUCUGCUGGUUCACAGAUUGGAUGGCCACAAUACAUUCUCUUACAUCUCCAUAUUUGUCCCCCUUUGGCUUUCCUUAAUAACUUUAAUGGCCACCACAUUUAGGCGAAAAGGGGGCAACCAUUGGUGGUUUGGUAUCCGUAAAGAUUUUUGUCAGUUUCUGCUUGAAAUUUUCCCAUUUUUAAGAGAAUAUGGGAACAUUUCGUAUGAUCUACAUCAUGAAGAUAGUGAAGAUCCCGAAGAAACAUCGGUUCCAGAAGCUCCUAAAAUUGCUCCAGUGUUUGGAAAGAAGGCCAGGGUAGUUAUCACCCAGAGCCCUGGAAAAUAUGUUCCCCCACCUCCCAAGCUAAAUAUUGAUAUGCCGGAUUAAACUCGUCUUCUAGGGAGUGCCCAUAAGUGAAAUAGGAACCACAUACACACACACACACACAGUCCACCUUACUCUUGCCUCUUUGUCCGACAGUCCCAAACCUGGAACUGAAAACAGGCUCUAAACACCAUCAUCUCAUGCCUUGUUUGAAAUUGAUGCCUAUCAGUGACUCAUCAGUAUGUACCAUAGAUGUAGGAGGUUACUUUAAUACAUGGCUGUGUCUAUGUGUGGUGUGUGUACAUGUGUGAGAGAACUUCCCAGGUGAAUGCUUAAGGAGCUAGCUGGGAGUAGUAAGUUGAAUUGUUUUAGUAGGUCCUCAAAUGGAAUAACUACGCAGCUGGAGGUUUUUUAAGUGGCACUAUAUAUAUGAAAAGUAUUGUUUUAAAAAGUAUUUUUAUACACUGCUAGCCUAAACUUGUAUUUCAGAUUGUGCCUGUUGUAAUAUAAAUCAAUAGCAAAUAUAAAGAAUUCUCUUUCCCACCACUUGUUUAUAAACCUCAUAGUUGUUAUUUUUAGUGUUCCUACUGUUAAAAUAGUUUUUCUUUGGCCUUUAUUGAUACUGGUCUUUAAAAGCCAAUUAGAUGAAUUUUUCUAAUGCAGUGAAUCCAUGCAUAUAUGAUACUUAUGUGAAUAUUUUAGCAAUGUAGUAUAUUAUGUUGAUUCUAGUUCCGUGCAGUACAAUGUAUUAUGUUAAAGUAUUUUUUUAAGUUUAUAUGUGAAGAUAUAUGUCUACUGCAGGUGUUCUUAAAGAUUGCUCAGAAUAUUAGUAUGUACCUGUUGUGGGAUUAUAUCAAAGUACUAGGCAUGAAUAUAGAGAUUGAAAAUCCCAGGGAUCUUAAUAUUCAGGUGGUAAAUGACUCAGUCUGCACAGUUUUAAGGUCUCUCUUAGAAGAAGGAGACACCAUCCUUUGGUAACAGGUGACAUGCGCCAGUGUGGUACCAGGCCAUAAACUGACACUGUUAUUUAGCACCUUGAAUUUUUCCCACACAGAUGAUUACCUCUCUUCAGGAACAACCAAAAUAAGCAACAAGUGGUUUCUCCAUUUCUAAGAAUCUUAGAACAUUAGUUGGCCAUAAUAUAAAGUAUUACUUGUCAUUGGAAAGCUGAAGAGAGUGGCCUUAACCAAAAAUGGCCAAAAGUAUUAGGUAUUAUUUUAAGGUCCAAGCUUUUUGAUCUGUCAGCAACAGGGAAAUAAUAGUUCAGGUUAUUUUUUAAAUCAGUACAAUGUUUCUUUAGGUACAGGUGGUACACCAGGGAAUCAGAGGGCAAAAACCAGAUCCUGGGAGAGUAACAUUCCUUUAACUGAGACCAAAUAAACAUUUUCAAAAAGAGGUUAAAAUUAAAAGAAGUAUUGAUGUUAUGGGAGAGAAGACUGGAGGGAAUCCAUUUUUAUUAUUACAGCUUAGUAAAAGUGAUCUGUAUUGGGCUCCAUAUGAA